AUGAUCUCGCUUGUGGCAGUUUGCGGCCGGGCCGCGUACGAUCGAAUCUGGCCCAAACGGCAAUCGGCUCCUCAAUGGAUCUUGAACCUGAUUCCCGCAUACUCGGAGACGGAAGAGGAGAUUUUUUCAUGCCUCGAGUCUAUGGUCAACAAUAAGACGGAGCCGCAUAAACAAGUUUUCUGCAUUAUCCUUGACGGGCAGCCAAGAGACAUGACGAGGUACUUGACGCGCACCAUUACCACCUUUGACUGCCCGCAUGUCUCUUUCAAGGGCAAACCAAAUACUCUAGAUGUUGUUGCCGGCUUCUACGGCAAGGCUCCAGUUCUCAUCGUACAGAAACGGAAGAACAUGGGCAAAAAGGACUCUCUGAUCCUGUGCUUCGACCUCUUCAACUACGCACGGGCCUCGCUUCCCAAGUGCACACAGUUGAUAAAGGACAGGCUGUACGAUUCUGUUCUCCCUGAGCUUACCCACCAGCCCGAUUUCGAAGGAUUCGACAUGAUCUUCUGCACAGACGCGGACAGCGCCCUCAACGAAGGGGCUAUCAAAAAGCUCGCCGAUGCUAUUUCACACGCUCCCAACGCGAUUGCCUCAUGUGGUAUCGUGCUGGUCAAGAACCGCCAAUACACCUUUUGGAAAAUAUUUCAGCAUUAUCAGUACGCAUUUGGACAGAUCGUGCGGCGGCGUGCCGAAAGUUUCUGGGGCCGAGUGACCUGCUUACCCGGAUGCGUUACCAUGAUCGCUGUUCGUCCAGAAUGUGGACCAGCGAUUGAACACUACGCCAGGCCGGUCGAAUGCAUUCCAGUACUGCGACAUCAGGUACAGUAUCUCGGCACCGAUCGCCGACUGACCUACUGCCUGCUUAAACAAGGGACCCACCUGAAAACGAUCUUUGUCCAGGACGCGGUUAGCGAGACAGCUCCGCCAGAGUCUCUGAAACACUACCUGAGUCAACGCCGUCGAUGGGGCUCUAACGCCUACUUCAACAACUACUUUUACCUGUUCGGACCAAAUAUGGCGCUUUGGACGCGAUACGUGGCACUGGUCGAGCUCCUGCGGAUGACUCUGGUCUACUACCGGGUGGCAAACACCGGUAUGCUAAUAUACAACAUCGUGCUAGAAGUCAAGGCAGGAACCUUUAGCGCGCUGGCACUUGCUGCGCUACUGGUCGUCAGUCAGUUUCCGACGGUGAUGUUUGCUGGAAGCGUGACGAUUUCCAAACAUCUACGGCCGCAUCUUCUGCAGUUCUUCCUUGGCUUCUUCGCCAACAAGUGCGCGGCCUUUCCUCUCUCGCUGGCGGUCUUCACCAAUGUGGCAAUGAAUUUGGGCAGCCAUUCCUGGGGCAUGACAGGUCUGACACCAAAAGUAGCACGCCCAGCAGACAGUCCCGUCUAG